GUUACCGCGAGUAUUGAGAGUAGGCGGGGCUCGAGAGAAAGAUGGCGUCUGUUUGAUAAAGAUUUAUUUAGGUGCCCACAUGUCCAAACAAGGCUCACAGGUUGUUUAACUUUGUGCACAAAAGGCAUGAGCGUACAUAAACACAGCAGUAUUCGUCAGAGCAGCCUCAAGGCUAGGCGGCCCCCUGCUACUGGUAAUCAAGUUGAGUACAGAGACGAGGAGAAAGGAAAAGACUCCUACAGAUAUGCAUUUGCUUAUGCAGAGAAGAUUGAGAGGCAUGUAAGACAUGCUAGUAGCUUGAGCGACGUAUUUCAACCCGAGAUUGUAACGCUAAGAGCAAAGCUUCAAAAGAAAUGCCAAGAGGUACUUUUCUUGUCUUGUUCCAAACGUCGGAAAGCAGAGGAGUUACUAUGGAAGCAUGUGGUGUAUGGGGUUAUAUCACAGUGCAAGCAACACAGAGAAAUUCUUAACCCAUCUCAUCCAUGCCACAAUUUGUACAAUAGUCAUUUAAUAAAUGCAACUGUUUAUUAUCAACAAUUAUUGCAAGACCUUCAGGAUCAUUACAACAUUCACAUCACUAGAAUGUCACCUCACCAGCUUGAAGAAAUGGAGACUUCUGAUAGAGAACUGAUUGAUGGACUGUGGUUGAAGGAGGCCACUCAAAGGUGUUUCAUUUAUCUUGGGGACAUUGCUCGUUAUCAAGUCGAACUUGGGUUUAGUCCUGAGCAUGCUGUUGCGUUUUAUCAGCAAGCUAUUGUCUUGGAUUCUGGGAAUGGUGCUCCUUACAACCAGUUAGCUGCUCUUUCUGAGUCUCAAAAUAAUUAUUUUGAUGCAAUUUUCUAUUAUCUAAGAAGUAUGACUGCUCCUAAACCCUUUCCCGGUGUAGAGAGGAACUUUGAUAGACUCAUUAGGAAGAAUUAUUCUCAUUUGUCCAAACUAGAAUCCUCCAAGGAAACAAUAAUGGAGCAACAACUUCCUCAGUUUAAGAAGGAGCUCCUUCUCUGCCGCUUCCUUCAACUUCAGGACAUGUUUAUAUCAUCCACUAGGCCAUCAGGAGAGAAGGGCCAGUCAGCAGCCCCUGCUUCAUUACCAGUUGGUUCUAGUGAUCCAUUGGAGUCUCUCUCUGUCUCUGAGCUUUGUUCAGUCGUUAGUUCAUUAUUUGAAGAAUGCUUGGACUUUGAUUUACAGCUGUAUACUGAGGAAUGCCCUGCAAUAGCUUCAAAGAAACUAGGCAAACUGGCUGAUAGUCCUGGUAGUAAUCCCAGCCCUCCAGUACUAGAUGAUGGUACAUUACUCAAGUUCUGCUCUCUCUCAUUCCUCCCUGCUUAUAACCUAAGACUUAAAGGUUCAUCUGAUACAUUAUUAGCUUGUGCUUUUGCAUUCUCAGUGUUAUCCAAUCUCCUGCUCUCUUCAUACAAGAAGCUCUUAUGCCUCACAAUUGAAGUAGCUAAGCUAAAUACUAAAGGCCCUUCUGCCUCUCUACCUGAUUAUCAUGAACUGUUGGAGUCAAAUGAUGUCAGCAUUGUGAAACUACUUCAAGAGAACAGCAAAGAGAUUAGUCUUGAAGGGGGCAUCCCAGGACUGAGAAGAGACAAGGAUCCAAGAAGUGAUCAGUUGUAUAAAUCAUUAGCUGAUAAUGAUCAUCCCAGUCACUUAACCUCUGACCUUAGCAGGAAGAGAGAUGUGGAGACUGAUAAAAGAGAGGCUAGAGUAGGAACUAAGAAGCCAUUGAAGAAGAGACAGGUUGAUAGGAGGAGGAGGAGGAGGAGGGGGAGGGGAGAGAGAGACAGCGACUCCAAUAGUAGCAGCACUGAUGAUAAUGAUAGUGACCAUAUUCAGUCUUAUCCUGAUUCUGAUUCCGAUUCCGAUACUAGUAUUUCACUCAUUGAAGACAUCGGGAUCUGUGAUAAGAAAAAUAAACAAAAGCUACGUAAUAUUGACGUCAUUGAUAGUCUCAGCGAAUCAGACUCAGCUGAUUCUGAUCGUGAUAUAAAGCCACGCCCACCACCGGAGCCCCGUCCUGUUUUAAAGGCAGAGACUAGGCCAAAGACUCCACCCUCCAAGGGCAGGACUCGUCGACAGUUUAAUCUUGCGGCUACUUUUUCGCUGGCACCUCAAGGAAGAGCUGCUCCCAGUCAACCAUCAGGUUUUCAUGUCACAUCUACUGAGGAUAAAACCCUGUCAGAAGACAUUAGUCAGUUACAAAUGAAGACAGAUCAUGAGUUAGCAGUUCAGUUAGCUUGUGCCCUCCUUGAUGGAGAGCCCACUAUUAGCUCCAUUAAGGUUAUGAUGGACUGGCUGCUCUCUUAUCCUGUUGUAAUAGCAACCUAUGGGAAAUCUUGUAAUGAUACCAUAUGGUCCAGACUAGCUGAUCUUCUUAAUUUCAUUCCUAGUCUAAAGACACUACAUAGUUCAGGCUUAGUGUCUGAUUCCUGUCUCUCCUCUUUCUCUUGUUCUGAUUGGACGCAAGCCACUCCUCUACCUGAGGAUAAAACAUUGAGAGGGUUUUCUCCUUUAUUGAGAACCCACCAAUCCAUUGACUUCUCAAUCUCAGACUCAUCCCCUUCUAACGUGCCACAAGUUGUUAAUAGGAUAAAAUGUUUUAUUAAAUUUGGUCAUUUUAUAGCUACAUCCAAAUCUGUUCCAUUGUUUGAAUAUGAUUCUGUCAAUGAUUUGUUCAUUGGUCCAGCCCAGAGGAAAAGAGAAGAAGCUCAAGCAGAAUUAAUGAGGAAAGAAAAAUUCGAGACUGAAGCAAAAUCCAAUAGAUCAAAGCUGAUGAAAUUGAUGGCACAGCAAAGGCUCAAGGCUGAGGUUAAAUCUCUAAGUGAGGCGAGUGCUAAGACCCAAGGGAUCCUGUUCACACCUUAUCUUUUACCUGAUGCUCAGACCCUGUGUCAUAAUCUUCACUUGGUGAAGAAAUUGAUGAAAACACAAAACUUUGUUAUUAUAAUUGCCAAAUCAGUUAUUGAGUCGCUGGACCUCCUGAAAAAAGAGAAGAGCAAUUUUGCUGCAAGAGAGGCAAUCAAAUUUCUUGAGACAGAGUUCCAAGAAGGCAACAAGUUCCUGAAGGCACAAAAUAUAUCAGAAACUGCAGAUCCUCACAGGAAGAGGUCAAGGAACCAAGAUAUUAAUGUCUGGUUAUUUGAUGGUCUUAUUGAUUGUGCUUUAUAUUACAACACUGACCCCUCAACAACCACCACUGGCCUCUCUACACUCCUAAUAGACAAGCAUCUUUAUGAUAGAGCAUUUGAAGGGAAAAGAGGAGGCAGUAGUAGUAGAGAGACUGAUAGUGUCCUUGAUGAAAAAGCAUCACUGCUAAUGACUGCUUCACAGAAUGGCAUUGAGAUUAGCACAAUACUCAACUUGUAUAAGAGAUGGCAAAGAAAUGGACAGAAAUGAAUGUAUAUUAUUAUUGGUCAUUAUCUAUAGAAAGUAUACCUGCAUGUAUGGGUAGAGGAAUGAAGACAUUCUGGAUAUUUAUCAUAAUGUGUGUGUGUUGAUAAAUGAUAGAGAGAGAGAGAAGGAUUGCUGCUUGGUGUAUUAUUAUUAUUAUUAUUAUUAUUAUAAGUGUUUUGUGGGAUGAAAAUUUUGUUUUUCAUAUAUCUUCAUUUUGUCUCUCA